UUUUAUUGUACUUUUGCAGAAUAAAAAUCGAUAUUUUAAAUCAAGAGUACACGGUAUACUACGUGGGCACCAAUUUGGGUCGUAUCUAUAAAAUUGUACAGUAUUAUCGUAACGGCGAAUCAUUAUCGAAACUGUUGGAUAUAUUCGAGAUAGCGACAAAUGAAGCUAUCCAGGUAAUGGAAAUCAGUCAGACAAGCAAGUCCUUGUAUGUUGCAACAGAUCAUCGUGUCAAACAAAUCGAUUUAGCGAUGUGCAAUCGUCGUUAUGACAAUUGUUUCCGUUGUGUGCGUGAUCCCUACUGCGGAUGGGAUAAAGAAACGAAUACAUGUCGUCCCUACGAAUUGGAUCUAUUACAGGACGUAGGCAAUGAAACGAGCGACAUAUGUGAUUCAAGCGUGUUGAAGAAGAAAAUCAUCGUUACCUAUGGCCAGAGUGUACAUUUGGGUUGUUUUGUUAAAAUACCUGAAGUAUUGAAAAACGAACAAGUUACCUGGUAUCAUCAUUCCAAGGAUAAAGGACGCUAUGAAAUCAAGUACAGUCCUACGAAAUAUAUCGAAACUACAGAACGUGGUCUUGUGGUGGUUUCAGUUAACGAAGGUGACGGUGGUCGAUACGAUUGCCAUUUAGGUGGUUCCUUAUUAUGCAGUUAUAAUAUUACAGUGGACGCUCAUAGGUGCACUCCACCCAAUAAGAGCAACGAUUAUCAGAAAAUUUAUUCAGAUUGGUGUCAUGAAUUUGAAAAAUAUAAAACUGCCAUGAAAUCCUGGGAAAAGAAACAAGCGCAAUGUUCAACACGUCAAAAUUUCAGUAAUCAACAUCCAAACGAAGUCUUCCGUAAGAAUAUAGUCUGAUAUCAGCGACGACUAUUGGAACAAUACACAGAAACGUCCAUUAAACUUUUUUAAAUCCGUACAGAAAGUUAUUAAAAGCAAUAGCUAAAUGAAUAUCAAAAAAGUUCAUAAUUAAGAGUAAAUUAAAAACACAACUAAAGUUCCCAGCAAAGCAAUUUACAGCAAUAUAUACACACACACACGCCAAUAAAUACUAAAAACCCGGUAUAAUUAAAUAGGAAAAGCUUAUAAAGAAAAAUCAGCAAAACAAAAAAACAUGCUUUGAUAACCAAUACUAAAAAAACAAACCUAAACCUAAAAUAAUUUGAUAAGUGCUUAUAACUCUUCUUCAACCAAUAUUCAACGUAAAUACAACGAAAAUUAACAUUUUCUUCCUUUUCACAUUUCUAAAAAGAAGGAGGGGGGAGUGAGCUCUAAAACAAAAAAAAAAUCAAAAAGUAUUAAAUAAAAGCAUUUAAAUGAAUUAACCUAUAAAUAAAUAAUUACACUCUUGAAUCGUAACCUAUUAUACGGCAGUGAAAAAUUUAAAAAAAGUUGCCUAAUUUUAGGCAAAUUUCUAUAUAAUUUCAUGAUCCGCUGACCUUUAUACAGACAAGCAAGCACAACUAAAAUUAAUAAAAAAUAUUGUUUAAAAACUAUAACGCAUUAAAUCAUAACAUAAACAAGUAAAGCAUUUAUACUCGCCUUUGGGCGUUUGCUCUUAUACUCACCACUUGAAACCAGUACCCAGCAAUUCGUGUUUCAAUUUCAUUAACUUAAUCCAACACUUCGAAGUGAAAAAUUUUAGAUUACAAUUUGACAAACUCGAAAGUGUAGCGAUACCAACUCAAAUCCCAAACUUGAACGUUUAGGGAAAAAAUGUUGUAUUUGAAUAUUCAUAGAUGUACAAAUAAAUUCCUGCUGUUUUUGGAUAAAAUUCAACUUUACUUGAAAUAUCCUUAUUACAAAUCUUAAUAAUCGAAAUAUCCAUCGUCAUUACCUAUGGACUUUUGCCAUUUAUCGACUAGCUUACGGAUGGCCUCGGGGAAGGAACUUGCGGAUUUGGAAGCAAAAUAGCCAUCGACCAGCAUAUGUUCGCACAUCUUCAACUUCUAUGAACUGUUGAUUUGCUCAAUAAACCUAAGGGGUCAUGCCUGGAGAAUGUCGCUAAGCGCGGUAAAACUUCCUAGCCCGAGUUGGAGAACACUUCGUGGUUUGCUUCUCCCUGGAUACGCAGGGACAUAACAAAAAUUCCGCCAAUUCCUUUCUAACGGUUUCCUAAGUUACUACGUUUUCACUCCAAGCCAACAUAACUUAACCUCUAACAUAACUCCUAGCCUAAACUUUAAUCCAAUCAAAAACGCAGACAAAUGCAGUUCCGUAAAUGACAUCUCCCUCUUUGAACUGUGAUAUACACUGAACGACAGCUUGUGAACACCUGAAUAUCUGAGUUGGCUAUAUCUAAUAUGUCGGGAAAAUUGAAGGCCUCAGAUAUGUUUUGUGAAGCAAUUUUAGCAGGGAAAAUAUAUUAAAAUCCUGCACUCUCAAGUAAGGAUUUUAAAUGAUGUAAAAUAUUGGUUUAAAAGUGUACGUUAAGCUCUGUUGUCAAUGGUGACAGAUUGUCGCCAAUUGGCGACACUUUCACGUCCGUUUUCUGAUUUGAUGCUUAUCGCACGUAUGAUGUACAUCAGCUGCGGAUAUAUAACUAAAAAUGCAAAAUGCUAAUAAUGGGAAUGGGCGGAUAGGGGGAAAAAAAUAUUGGAAAAUCGAGUGUACUUAGCCCAUGAAAUUUGAAAAGUCUCCUUACAUUUUGAAUACACCCGAUUCUUGUAAACAUGAUAACAAAAGCCAAGAGAGGACAUGGCUAAGUUGAUUCAAAACCCAACAAAGGUCAGAAUCCAUUAUGGGAUCCCGCAUUACGAACUAAGAUGCAGAUCCCCUCUAUGCGCAUUCUACGGUGUUGGGUAUAAAAAUUUAUUCACUAAAAGAUAGCAGUCAAGUAAUCUUUACAUGAGCUCAGUAAAAUAAAUAUUUUAACUGACGAAGGAAAAAAACUCAUAACAAUUUAAAAGAAAUUUCUUCAUAUCGUAAUUUUACCUAAAUCUAGAUAUAUAUAAGUUUUGACCUUUCAAAAAAGAAAACAAAGAAAACUUAUUAAUUAAAAUAUACUUU